UUGCGUGUCUAGUCAUCUGGCUCAAGUCUUAAUCAAGCCACAGGUGAGUCGCCAAACGGCGCCGUUGUUCACAACAGGUUUUAUUAACCCCUGGUCCGCGGUAUGAAGUGACGUCAGAGCGGCAGAGGGGGGUCGCACAGGUAUUCGCUUGGGGCGCAGGUGACUCCAGUGAAAAUGACACGUGGCCAGAUGCCCCCCCCCCCCACACCUCAACAGGUGGAAGAUUUAAAAAAAAAAGAUGGGGGCUACACACCAGCGACACAGCCGUGGGAUGCGGGUAAAGGUCAGGUAUGCCUCGUCGUCUGCUGUGGCCUGCUUCACCCUCCCGUGCACCGCGUCUCCCCGUGUGACAUCGUCGUGUGUGUGACACAUCGCCCGUAGCUGCACAUCUUGCUAAAGUACACAUCCUUGUGUGUACAGGACACCUGAGCAGUUCUGUCUUAGACAAACACUGUGGUGUCAGGUCAACAAUUCUCAGACCAAAGCUGUUGAGAGCCGAGGCAGAGUCGACCUCCCCCAUCCCAACAACUGCGACUGGUGUGUUUCACUUCUGUCAUCAGCUUGCACUGUUCACAUGCCUGCUCUCGUUCACAUCCUCCACCCUGUCACCACGUCUACCAGAUGUUCAUCUUGUGACGUCUGUACGGUCAGUGUGUCAGGGAGGAGACAGCGGGUCACGUAGCAGAUACCUGUGCCGUAGUUGGUCACGUAGCAGAUACCUGUGCCGUAGUUGGUCACGUAGCAGAUACCUGUGCCGUAGUUGGUCACGUACCAGAUACCUGUGCUGUUCACUGGUUCACUGGAUGUUACCUGCGGUACCCCAGCUGCCCACACCACGGCUUCGCUAUCUGUUGCUGUACUGAGGGCCAGGUACACCAGCGUCACCAUCAACCCGCCGGCGCCGCGCUGCUGGUGUCAUCGCUAGUCUUCCCCCCGCUGUCCACACCUCGCGCAAGAUCGCUCGUUGAUGGCGGAAUAUCCCAAAGUUCCGCAGUACGAUGCUAUCUACAAGGUGACGGUCAUCGGCGACUCGCAGGUGGGCAAGACGACCAUCAUCCGCAAGUUCGUGGACCAAGGAGCCCCGGAUCACUACCCGCCCACCAUCGGCGUGGACUUCGGCUUGAAGGACAUCGUGGUGGAGAACGAACGAUGCCGCGUGCAGAUCUGGGACACCGCCGGUCAGGAGCGGUUUCGGGCGGUCACCAGCUGCUACUUCCGGGGUGCCCACGGCGUGGUGCUGGUGUAUGACGUCACGCAAGUCAAGACGUUUGACAACAUCCAGUUCCACCUGGCGCAGGCGCAGCAGUUCACGGCGGACAACCAGCCCAUGAUCAUGGUCGGCAACAAGAGCGACCUGGGCGAGCAGCGCGCCGUGCCCUACUCGCUGGCGGCCAGCUACGCCCACGACAUGGGCAUGCCACUCAUCGAGACCAGCGCCAAGACACUCAACAACGUCGACGACGUCUUCUACCACCUCAUCAACGAGAUUCGCAAGCGGCACAAGGAAGACAGGUCAGGCGAGCCGCGUGGGGACCGGAAGUCCAGCAUCUUCGCGCGCUCCGGAAGCAGGCGUGGCUGGUGCUGCUCCUGACCCGCCGUCUGCCUGUCGCCUUGGCAACCAUAGUAAGAUGCACAUGGCACGCUUCCGAGUGUGAAAAAAAGGCUUUUCGACCUUUCUUGCUCCCCAUUUUUAUUUUCGAACACGAGCGUGACCGAAAGGUGACGAACUGCAAGAGAUUGGAUUUCUGGUGCGUGCCUGUUCAUUAACAGCUCGUGCAAAGGUCAAUCGCUGUGUUAAUUAAUGUCAGCCGGAAUGAGAAGACGGCGAACGCUCGAAACCCUCAACUGACAUUUUAUAAUUUAUGAAGUCCAAUAAGGGGAAAGUGCAGGCUUUUAGCGAGGGUGUGGUUACAAGCCACAGGUUACGGUUUGUCUCUUAACAGGCCGAGUAGCAUAUUGUUUGUGUACAGAAGACUUUUGAUCUCACUUUCCUGUCACGCUGAUGAGAUAAAGGAGAGGAUGUACCUGUGUGUGCUUAUUACCUGGUGGACUGAGAGGAUCAGAGUAGGUAUUCCCGCUGCCUGUUACUAAUCUUUGCCAGAAACGGGCCAUAUGUAACUUGUAUCAAGAAAGGUUCGUGCCAACCAGUUGAAUAGCAAUUUUCUAGAAUGUUUCAGAGUUUUGAUGCAGAAACAAGCACAAACCCUUUUUACUGCAUUCAUUGCUGAUGGAAAGACCAUAUUGCUAACAGCUUAUGCAUAAUUAAAUAACAUUUGCAUUGCACAGUUAGUGACUGGGUGCAGGUCGGUGAGUGGAGAAACUCUGGUGACUAUCAGUCAUGUUCAUGAGAGACACGCCUACAAACCACCAAGAACAGAAAGAGUUCAAUAACAUAGACAGUAGGAUGUCCAAGAUAUACAUCCAAUGGCACAGCUGUGAUCGAACAUUAACUUGUUGUCUGUGGACAAACGUGACAUGAGUGUAACUGCUUUCUACUCCUGGUGAUGUUUGUAGGUGUGCAUCUCGAGGGGCGGGGUCGUUAGCCCAGAUUGUGGGAGAUAGUCUAUCUCACUGAGCUUUAUGUUGUCAGUUGAAAUACAGAUGCACUAAGUUAGACACUUGGCAAUGAAAAAUCCAACUGAAACUUUA